AUGACGAUUCAAGCAGAGGUCAAUAACCCACCCCAGGUCAUCCCUGCGGCUGUUCCUGAUCUCUGGAGAAAGGCCUACCAAAAUAGCAUGAUCAGAGAAUGGGUCGGGAAGCCCUAUCACAAUAGAGAUGAUAACGGCAAUGGCGCGGACCUUAUCAAUGUAGACGUCACUGUGACCGACGCAUACCUCCAACCUGACAAGGGUCAGGAGCUCAUCUCUGCCGGAGCAGACAUCUCUCUAGGCAACAGCUACCGCUGUACCUCCCUUCACAUGGCGGCAUUUCCAGGUACAGAAGAUCUCACUAAGUUGCUUGUGACCCUAGGUGUCUUCCCGCGGACCAUCAAACAUGGAUUGACUAGCUCCGUGGUGGUUUACUUUGGGUGGAACUUAGUGUGA